AUGAAGAUGUUAUUUCAUCCAAAGACAUUGAAAUUGCUAUAUGAAUGGAAGGAAUCAGAGGAUUUGAAUAUUCAGCUAGAUCUGCUUGUGCUUCUGGUAGAUUGCAAACGGAAGCUUGAUUACAAAGAGUUGGAUGAAAUUUUGUAUCGAUAUAAGAAGAACAAGCCAAGCAAAAAAGAUAGAAUGAGAUACUUGAGAACGAUGAUUGAUAUGAAUUUUGUAAAGAAGGCUAUUGAAGGAGGUGAUGAGCACGUGUAUAUAACGAAAGAUGUUUCUGGAAUUCCAAAGAGUGUUUGUAGUCUUGUGAAUAAGGUUCGAAGCACUGAGUUUGGCAAAUGCAGACCCAAGAAGCAAUCCUUGGAUAGAAAUGCUGGUGAGCUGAGUAUGCUAAAGUUUGUCAAUGUACAAAGCAAAAAGGUGCCUUCGAUGCAGGCCAUUGGAAUGUUUCAUCCAGUGUGCUUUGAUGAAAGUGUUGCAAUUGCCACUUCAAAGAGUCCUUUUGAACGCAGUAUGCGAAUAAGGAAGGAUAUUCUGAAUGCACGGAGAUUGACAUUCAUCAAAUUUAGCGAUCAACUGAGACCGCCUGUCCAUAAGGCUUUGAAUGAGAAGAUGUGUGUAAGAAACAGUGUUUUGAAGCUUCCGCAUGUGCUUGAUUACGAAUAUGAGUCUGACUGGGAGGAUGUAGAGGAGGCUGAGGAUAUUGAAAGUAUCGAUGGAGAGGAAGAUGAAUCUGAAGGCAGUGAAGAAUGGGUGGAGAAGGAUAUGGAGAAUGUAGAACCUAUCAGAUCCAAUAAGAAACCAUCGAUUAUGUUUCCGAGCUGUAAGUAUCAGGUUUUUGAACCAUUUGUAUCUGUUUGGCUUGCAUUACCACUGCUUGAGCGCGAAGAGUUUCCUGAAGACCUUACUGUUGAAUUUAAGAAAGGGCUUUUAACAAAUAGCGACACACAAGGAUUCUUGAGAAAAUUCAGCAGCAGAUAUGUAAUAAAGCCAUCAUGUGUUAUCCGAAAAGCAAAAGAAAUUGAAAGAAAGGAAAUGAAUCUCUUGUAG